AGUACGAGUGGAGUUGUGGUGCCGCGUCAAAAUCACACCUUCCUGGUGAAGACGGCUUUCUGAGACCAUGUGGCGAUGCCUUCCCGACAGAAUGAUGCUUUCACCGGCUUGUCAUCUGCAUCCUUAUUCAAGUUCUGCAGGUCGAACCCUCAAAUACCGAUUUAUCGACAUAUUCAUCCCAAGAAGAUGAUCCUGACUGAAGGCACGUUGUUACUUAAAAUUGGAAUAGUUUUACUUUACCUUGUUGGCUUGACGCUUGGGGAGUAUUGGAAUACGAAAGAUAAUCACACACCUGAAGCUGUUUUGAAGAGAAAUGCAUCUAGGCUCGACCAGGAUCACCAGCAUACAAAUUUCAACCAAAUCUGGAAAUUGCUUCAUUUCGCAGACUGGGGUGAAUGGUCAGUGUGCAAUCGACAUUGUACACAGAAUCGUGUAAGAAAAUGUCGACCAAAACAAACGUGUGGAACUGUUAUGAUACGAGAGGAGCGCGUUUGUGACCAUGAGAGAAAAAUUUGGAGCAGGCGAUGCAAGCUUCGUCAAAAGCGAGGCCGUAAAAUGUCACAAUGCUUUCACAUUAUACAGAAUUCUAAAGAAGCUGAGCCUAGACAAUACAAGAAGCGAGGAAAUAAAGGAUUUAGAGGCCAAACUUCCAGCCACUAUGGAAAAUGGAGCAAAUGGUCCCCAUGCACAAGAUCAUGUACAACUCAAAGACAUAGGUGGUGUAGAAAGCCUGGAAUCUGUGGACGUGAUGUGAUAAGAGAAAGCGCGUACUGUUACGUCGAAGGUAGCUUUUGUCAAAGAUGGAUCCAACGAAAAAUCCACGGCGGCAAUGAAGACGGUAAUAAUACAGAUGCAGUAUUUGAUGAAUUUGAACUAAGCCCUAAUACACUUCAAAAUAUCGCAAUUAAUAAGGAUAAUGGCAUUUGGAAAUGCGGUGUUGUUGAUAAUAAUCAGAGCAAACGUUCCAGACUUUCUUAUUUCACAAGAAUUAUUGGCGGCAGACCUGCGGCACCAGGAAGUUGGCCUUGGCAAGUUGCUAUCUUAAACAGAUUUCGAGAAGCCUUUUGUGGAGGAACAUUAGUAUCUCCAAGGUGGGUACUUACGGCUGCUCAUUGCAUCCGAAAACGUCUAUUUGUGCGAAUUGGAGAACACGACUUGACUGUCAAAGAGGGUACAGAAUUAGAAUUACGGGUGGACUCAAUGAUGAUACAUCCAGAAUACGAUGCCGACACGGUUGACAAUGAUGUCGCCCUUUUACGUCUUCCAGUAACGUUGACGCCGUCAUCAUCACGAGGUAUCGCUUGUCUUCCGACGCCAAAUCAACCGUUGCCUACCAAUCAGCGUUGCACUAUCAUUGGUUGGGGUAAAUCUAGGCCAGACGAUGAUUUUGGCACAGAUGUUCUCCACGAGGCUGAAAUACCCAUUGUUUCAACUCAAAUGUGUCGAGAUGUCUACGUUGAUUACCGAAUCACAGAGAACAUGUUCUGCGCAGGAGAUUCGCGAGGUAGAAUGGAUUCCUGUAAUGGUGAUAGUGGGGGUCCCCUCCUUUGCAGAGAUCCACGAAAGCCGAAUCAUCCUUGGACAAUCUUUGGAAUUACCAGUUUUGGUGAAGAUUGUGGUAAACCGGGAAAAUUUGGUAUCUAUGCACGUACUACAAAUUACGUUGAAUGGAUCGCAAAAGUUUUAAAGGAAAAGAAUGCAUUUAGUUGAAAUAUAAAUAGAUUUAAAUAUAUAAUAUACAGAUAGGAUGUGCCAAACAAGUCAAAUGUCAAAUAUUCUAUCUCCUUAUGCAUCAUAAUCUUUUUAAUGCUAAUAAACUAUUAUGGCACUUAAUAUUUAUAGCUGAAUUAUCUGUUCUCGGUAAAUUGAUAGAUGAUUAUU